CGUUUUGCAUUCAGUUAAAAAUUCAAAGGUAUUCCUAAGCAGAUUUCUGAAGCUCUUUUUCCAUGUAAUUCCCUCCUCUCCAGAAUUCUGUCCCACAAAUUCCAACCAACUUGGCCUGCCCCAAUUUCCUCAACUCCAAUCCCUGUCUUCUCAACCUGGGAGAUCCUAGGUUUCCAUUUGAUUUCCCUUCUCUGCACUACAGGCUGGAAAUGGCCUCUGGGCAAAAGGGCAGAGUGAUAUAGGGCUCCUUUUGUUUCUCUUCUCUCACGUCCACAGCUGCCUGUUGUCCAAUGUCUGACGAGUUGUUUCCUGUAUUUUGUUCCGUUUUCUAAUUGUUCACAGUGGGACACUAAGUCCAGACCCAUUUUCUUUUCUUGUCCAGAAGUGUAAGUUUUAGGAAACUCCUUAUGGAAAAUGUGAAUUGCUUUAUUAUUUUUUAUGGUUGAAAACAUCUUUCUCUAUGAUAUCUCCCCACUCACCCUACUUUUUUCCUUCUCAGUAAACGCUGACGCGAUCAUCCGUUCCGGUGCUACCCUCUAGUGUCCGGACCAGAUCCUUGCGCAACUUCAACCCGCACUAGUUCCGCCCACGGCCGGCCGCGCCCCGUCUUCUCACCGGCGCGCCUCCCUCUUGUUCUUCCUCCCUCCCCUGUGGACUGCGGCGCUGGCGUUCCGUGCACGCCGGCUCACUGCGCUUGCGCGGCGUUUGGACGCCACACGCUCCCGGAAGUAGGAGGUGGCCGCCGGAGUUUGUGCGGCCGCCGCCGCGGGAACGCGAGCCCGGUAAUGUUUCAACGGAGAAAGGCGAGGCUUUCGGGCUCGGUCGAGUGAGUGAGUAAGCGUCCGGCUCCAGCAGCUCUCCUCUGGUGUGACAGCCGGCAUGGAGGAACCACAGAGUAAAGAGCCUGCCAGCGAGGCCGUGACUCCCGCGCUGCCGGAGUCGCCGCGGCCGGAGGGCCGGGAGGAGCAGCCGCGUCCCAGUCCCGAGGAAACUCAACAGUAUAGAUUUGAUGGCCAGGAGACAAAAGGAUCCAAGUUCGUUACCUCCAGUGUGAGUGACUUCAGUGACCCAGUUUACAAAGAGAUUGCUAUUACGAAUGGCUGUAUUAAUAGAAUGAGUAAGGAAGAACUCAGAGCUAAGCUUUCAGAAUUCAAGCUUGAAACCAGAGGAGUAAAGGAUGUUCUAAAGAAGAGACUGAAAAACUAUUAUAAGAAGCAGAAGCUGAUGUUGAAAGAGAGCAAUUGUGCUGACAGUUAUUAUGACUACAUUUGUAUUAUUGACUUUGAAGCCACUUGUGAAGAAGGAAACCCACCUGAGUUUGUACAUGAAAUAAUUGAAUUUCCGGUUGUUUUACUGAAUACGCAUACUUUAGAAAUAGAAGACACAUUUCAGCAGUAUGUAAGACCGGAGAUUAACACACAGCUGUCUGAUUUCUGCAUCAGUCUUACUGGAAUUACUCAGGAUCAGGUAGACAGAGCUGAUACCUUCCCUCAGGUACUAAAAAAAGUAAUUGACUGGAUGAAAUUGAAGGAAUUAGGAACAAAGUAUAAAUAUUCAAUUUUAACAGAUGGUUCUUGGGAUAUGAGUAAAUUCUUCAACAUUCAGUGCCAACUCAGCAGGCUCAAAUACCCUCCUUUUGCUAAAAAGUGGAUCAAUAUUCGGAAGUCAUAUGGAAACUUUUACAAGGACAGGCAGAAGGAUGUCUUCUUCCACCUAAGCACUGAACCAAACCACAGGAGAAGAAAGAACCAAAUGAGAGAGAUUCAACUGACCAGUCUAAGGCUUACCGGAAAGGAACAAAGACAUACCAAAAUAGUCCAUCCUAGGACAAACACAGACACACAGGGACAGGGCACAAGUGUGUCUCUUAUACCAGCACAGGUGCUAGCAAGAAACCCAUUCACAUGAACACUUUAUGCAGAUUUUAAAGGGAAAACUCUUCUUUUAAAAAUAGAGGAUUUUUUUCUUUGUAGUAUCCAUAUUUAUUCAUUCAUUCAUUUGAUGCAAUUUAUGUGCCAGAUGCCUGGUCAGGGCUGAGGAUGUGGAGUGGAGAAGCCAGGAUUGCUGCAGUGAUGUGCUCACCGUUGGACAGAGGAAUGACUGUCAACAAAUCAGUACAGGCCCAUACGUUAAGUUCUUUAAUAGUACGAUGACUGGAACUACUGGACGGAACCCAAAGUGCAGUCACCCAAACGUAUCAUGUCCAUUUUGAUCCCUACAGCAAUUAAGCCUUGCUUUCACAGCCGCUGAAGCAGACCAACAGAUGGUUGUUUAAUUGUUUAUAAAACCAAACAUUAACUACUGGGCUUGGCAACAUAUGUCUUCUCCUGAAGCCUCUCAAAGCAGAUCUGAGACAACACUCUGGAAGAUGCUAAGAAACACCAAAAGAUCAAAGGUCGAAUCUUGGAAUUUGGAUCUGUCAUUGACCUGCCUUAUAACUUCUGUCAAACUGCAGUAUGGUGAGAUUGUUCACGCGUUUCACAGCAGUGUUGCAUGGAAUGACUAAUGGCCUUCGGUUGGUUCCUAUGUAGAUGGUAACACGGAAAGCUGUUCACAAAACCCCUUUCUAGCAAAGAUGCGUUUCUGCCAAGUCACGUAUGUUGGCCAGAGGUGUGUUUAGGGAAAUUGGCCCUCUUCAGAAAAAUAGAGUCUCCUUGUUCCUGGCCACAUUUUAAUAUUGCCCUGCCUUUUUGCUUAUGAAGCUUCAGGCUCUCUAUACAAAUGCUGUCCGUUUUAAUAGAGUGCUAAUCACAGUAAUGGGCAGAGCACUAUGUCUGCAAUCAUCACAUCAACGCCACUUGGCUUAAUCCUUGAAAAUGGACAACAAGCUAUUACUAAACAUAAAAAUCGCAAAUUGUGUGUGCUGACCUAGAGACGCCUCUGAUCAAUGAGAAGCAGCCUGAGAGCCACCAAAGGCUCUUCAACGUCCAGCUGUCACAACAUUCCCCAAGAACUUCAAAGAUUUUAAAGACCACCAUUUCCACGCACACGUCUCUGGGUAUUGCUGCUGUUUACACUUCGCAGAAGCCGGACACUCAGCCUGUUUCGGGGGCACCCAGGCUAAAGGUUCUGCCCUAGGUGUCGUAAGUAUCUAUUGAUGCGCAGUGUGAACACAGCCUUUGUAGCUUCCCCACCCUCUGCGUGGGGAACGGAUGGCUCCUAUUGCAAUCUUCCUUCCCCAGCGGCCUCUUCCUUAUCCUCCUGGGUUCAGCUUCAAUGUCACAUGCCCAGACUUUCAGGCUCCAGGACUUACACCAGCACCCCACUCUCCUUCCUGGUUCCCAGGCCUUUGGCCUUAGACUGGGAUUUACGGGAUUGGCUCUCCCAGUAAAGGGUAAGAUAGAUAUAUUCUUUUAUAUAUAAUAUAUAAC